AUGUUAGAUAGAUAGCUAACAAAGCUAAAAAUAGUUUCUUAGAAGAAUUGUGGUCAGCUAGUACAUUUCCUUCGGACUUGGUUACUAAAAAAGAAUCCAAAAAUCAAGUGUAAAUAUAAAUACAUUAAAUAGUUUUUUAGCUUAUUGAAUAGUUUUUGGAGCAAUCUAUGGUUGAAUUUAUGAAACCCAUUUAAUCGAAUUACUUAAAUUGCAUAGUUAGCAUUAUGAAGAAAAAUAAAAUUGUUAUUAUUUGGAAUACACCAAAAAUUUCUUCUGACAUAGUCACCAGAAUUAAUUUCGAUAGAAAAAUUAUGGCACAGUUUGGAAUCCUUGGAUAAUGCGUUUAUUCUAUGACUCAUAUUUGA